GUGGUUAACUUUAGGGUUAGGUUUAAAAUCAUAUUUUAAGUAGAGAAAUUGAAGAAAGGGGCGGGGGUUAUGCAUUUGUGGCUGUGGUAACUAGUGACGACCCAGAAUCUCCCGGAACUUCCGCUAAAUUAAAUCGGAAGUAAGUACGUGGCCGCUUCAGGCAGCUCAUAUUCUGCAUGAUGGCGACAGAGGUUCAGAGCGGCGACAUCAACAAUGGCAGUUCUAGCCGGCUCGAAGUCUCCAUCGACGGCCUCACCCUCAGCCCUGAUCCAGAGGGCGAGCAGGAGCAAGUCGUUGAACCGGACCCAGUGCCCGCGGAGCAGGAGGCCGAGGACCAGAGCGCCGCCGAAGGCACGGACGAUGGGGAGGAAGGCGAGUCUGCCAAAACCACGAUAGAGAGGAAAUGGGGCUUUGGUUUGCUGGAGCUAUACGGGCUAGCCUUGAAAUUCUUCAAAGAUAAGGAUGGCAAGGCCUUCCACCCCACCUAUGAGGAGAAGCUCCGUCUGGUGGCCCUCCACAAGCAGGUGUUACUGGGGCCAUACAACCUCGACGCCUCUCCAGAGGUGGGCUUCUUUGACGUCCUGGGAAACGACCGCAGAAAAGAGUGGGCUGCUCUGGGUAACAUGGAGAAGGAGGAGGCCAUGGUGGAGUUUGUCAAGCUGUUGAACAAAUGCUGUAAUUUAUUCGCUCCCUACGUCACCUCCCACCAAAUAGAGAAGGAGGAGCAGGAGAGGAAACGGAGGGAGGAGGAGGAACGACAGCGCCGGGAGGAUGAAGAGCAGGAGCGACAGAGACAGGCGGAGGAGAGGCGGAGGCUCGAGGAUGAGGAGAGGCUGAAGAGGGAGGAGGAGGAAAGGAGACAGUUGGAUGAGGAGAGGCUACGGGUGGAGCAGCAGAAACAGCAGAUCAUGGCAGCGCUGAAUGCCCAGACGGCGGUGCAGUUCCAGCAGUAUGCUGCCCAGCAGUACCCAGAGAGCCCUGAGCAGCAGCUGGGUCUCAUACGCCAGCUACAGGAACAACACUACCAACAGUACAUGCAGCAGCUAUACCAGGUUCAGCUGGCUCAGCAACAGGCAGCCUUACAGAAGCAGCAGGAGGAUGCGGUGGUGCAGGCCACCCUGGAGGUCACCAGUGAGACUUUAGCUGCAGUGCCCCCUGCUGGAGAGGAGGUCCCCAUGCUCAACGGCCAGUCAGACUCCCACUCUGAGAGCAUAGACAAAGAGCCAGAACCCCUCGAGCCUGCUGAUGAGGUCACUGAGAAUGGGCCCAUAGGUACACGCACGCAUCGGCCAGCAGACUCUCCCCCGGUCAUCGCGGCUCCCUCCAUGUGGACGCGGCCCCAGAUCAAGGACUUCAAGGAGAAGAUCAGACGGGAUGUGGAUAGUGUGAUCACGGUGGGUCGUGGCGAGGUGGUGACGGUGCGCGUGCCCACCCACGAGGAGGGCUCCUACCUCUUCUGGGAGUUUGCCACGGACCACUACGACAUCGGCUUCGGAGUCCUCUUCGAGUGGACGGAUGCCACCAACGCCUCGGUCAGCGUGCACGUCAGCGAGUCAAGCGACGAAGACGAGGAUCAGGAAGGGGAGCCCCCUAGGGAGGAGGAGAAGCUUAAGAAGGGGGCUGGGAAGCCCCAGGUGGAUGAGAUAGUGCCGGUGUACCGGCGGGACUGUCACGAGGAGGUCUACGCCGGCAGUCACCAAUAUCCCGGCCGUGGAGUCUACCUGCUCAAGUUUGACAACUCCUACUCUCUCUGGAGGUCCAAGAGCGUCUACUACAGAGUCUACUACACCAGAUAAGCCUGGAGACAGACUACGGGAGGGGGGAGGGUGUGUGUCUGUAUGUGAAGUGAGGAGGGGGUGGUGAGAGGAUCGGUUCUGGACUAGACCACCAGAGGGCGACAAAUGCGUCAGACUCAGUUUUGAGAUGGGACUUCUAUCUGUGUGUGUUUGUGUGUUUGCAUACAACUCGUCUGAGCCUGUGGAGUUUGGGAAUGAGUUAACACUGUAGUGUAUUCGCCGCCUGUCUUCUCUCUCUUAGAGACCAACUCUAGGACUCUUGUAUUUAAUGACUGUGUUCACUGCCCAAACGUCAUCUAACCCACAGCCUAUGUUGUCAUGUCAUUGUUAUGGCUGUGCUUCUAUCUGACUGAGACACUUCUUAACCGGAGUUUAAAUGUUUCCAGCCCACUAUGGGUUAACACAGAAAUGAAGUCCAUACAUGGUUUUGUCCAAUGAGAGAAGUCAUUGGACAAACAGAAUGGCACACAAACACACUACUACAGCACCAUGCAUUUGUACUAUAGCAGGAGUCCCUUCUAGACCAACACUGAGUAACACACAUUAAAACACAGUCAAUCACUCCUCUAGUGGCAACGCUGCAGCGGAAAGAGCUACGUCCAGAUCCACAUGAACCCCUAGCCCCUACCACCUACACCCUUCUGGGAUCUGAGAGGGUUGGAUUAUAGGCAUAAGCAAUACGGCUAGCCUAUCAGAGGGCAAGGUGGAGCUGUUAUCCUAUCGCUAUUAUCUAUGCAAACCUUUCACAUCUCCACAAGUGCAUCGGGAGAAGGGGUUAGGGGUCAAUUUGGUAUUGGGCGCUAUUCUACUGAGCGAGGGAUAAUCGAGAGGUGGGGAUAGGGUAUAGGGGUGGAAGAGGGGAUAUGACAUGUACAUUGAAAAGUAUGGUGGAGGCCUUGUAAAGUUGGGCAUCUCGAAAUGGAAUGCUGAUAAAUGUGAGAUUAUGUCUAAAAAGGAUUUAAUAAAUAUGUAUUAUUUGCCAUUUUCUUGUAGAGUAGGAUCAUUUUUGUGUCUGUAUAAUAUUUUUGUGUAUUUCAUCUCCAAACAGUGGCCUCCCUGCAUCAGGAGACAUGUCUCUUGAGUCUUUAGAUCGGUGUUACCCAAUAGGCGGCCUGCGGGCCUAAUUCAGGUCACAGGUGAUUUUUUUAUUUGGCCCCUUAAGUUUAAAUAUUUCUGGUGUUAGACAUACUAAAAUCACCAGGAAAUCAGCUCAGUGAUUUUAAUGUAGGAAAGCUGUUCCUAAGUAUUCCCAUACAUAAAUAGAACGGCAAAUGUGAUCGUAUCCCUAUGUAAUCAAGGGUUGAAAUUAUUCCGUUUUUGUCAAAUACUUUAUCUGUUUUGGAUUGUUGCAGUCAAUUUGCAGUGUACAAAUUAUUUAUAACUGUUGGCCCCCGACCAUCCGCUCAAGGAAAAAUCUGCCCACGGCUGAAUGUAAUUGGGACCCCUGCUUUAGAUGCUUCCUUUUCUUUAUGGCCACUGGUCUCAAAGGACAUGACAGGUUAAAAUGAUAAGGAUGGAAACCUAUCCAUCUUUCCCUAUAAGGGUGCAAGGAAGCAAGCCAGUAAAGAGUAUUGGGACACACUCCAUGUCUGUUCUGAGGGAGACUGGACACUGUCCUCUAUUGACCAUUCUGUGAGUUGAGUUUGUCACAAGUGAUUUCUGACUCAUACAUACGAGCUGACAGCUAACAACUCAAGAAGAUUUUUGCCUUUGUUUUGGUCAUUUCACUGUUACAUCUCUAUAGCGUUUCAGAAAUCCACAGGCAAACACAAUAUUUGCUGUAUUUAUAUCUGUCAUAUAUGUCUUCAUUUGAUGGAUUGAUUCAGAUUUGUCAUCUCAAAUAUGACUUUGGACUAUCUCUAAUAAAUUGAUGAUCACGUCUAGCUCUCUGGUCGUUCAUGUCUCUGGUUGAGAGUAAUCAGUUACUGAGCUCCAAAGGUGUGUUUUAACUUUUAUGAUCUCUUAGUAGUUUAUUUAGUUGGCAUUAUUUGGUAUUGUUCAGUCAGACUUCACCUACCUUACAUCUGCAUGCUUUGUGUUUCACUUUAAGUCGGAUAGCCAACAGGGUUUGUUGAUGAUGAGUUGUGUGCUUCUUUUGAAAGACUGUUUUCGAUUAAUCAUACUAUUGUUUGGUUUCUGAUGGAUUUCCAAGUCUCCUUUCAAAUGAAAGAUGCCUGACAUUACUUUAACACGUACUAACGUUCACUGUGCCGAGCAGAGUUGCACAGUGUCAUCAACUGGGGUCAGAAAGAAACUGGCUUAUUGGUAGGCCUGAUUCUAUUCUAAUCACAACUCCCUCUCCUAGUUGUAGUUCCUCGUUGUUUUGUUCAUUUGUUUAAAGUACUUUUGCUCACCAACUGGUAGCCUAAUGAUACAAAUUGUUCAAGCCUUGUAUGUAAAUAAUUAUAUAAAUGGAUUUUAAGUGUGGGUUCGAGAGACGGGAAAAGACAAUGGGUUGAGAACUGAUGCACUGUAGUAUGGUGAAUGAGAUUAUGUACAUUGUUCCCCAAAAAAAGUCAAACUCAAGUGUAAACUGAAAGACUGAAUGAAAUGUGGAAAAAUGCUCAUCCAUUUUUGUAUUGCUUUGACUCUUUUUGAUCUGUAUGAGUUUGAAGAAUAAUCUGGGGAUAUAUUUAAUCUUGAUUAAAUUUAUGCUCAUUUCUAUAA